GCGAUCGUACGUUGUGCUGGCUGAACCGUGCGCGAUCACUUCAUUCUUAUCAAACUUGGCACACACACAAUUUGUGUCGAAGGAAAAGUGAAGAAAGUGAAUUUUCUCAAUAAUGUGAAGGUGCUUCCGAUUGCAAGAUCGCUCUCAAUCAUGCAGAGAUCACUCGCGAUCAUACAGAAAUUGCACGGAUUUUUUGUCACACUGUUGCCCCAAAAGAUCGCGGUGAAUUAGUUUUUUUUUAAUGUGAAUUAAACAAUGAAAAGAAAAACCGAGUAUAAUUUCAAUGUCACGUGAAAUUGUGGAGAUAUAAAAUUGCUACAAAAAGAGGCCAUCUGUGAAAUUGUGUGUCACACGCACGCAAAUUGCUCUGUCCCAUCAAUUCUUCGUAACAGACCAAAAGAGAUCGCCCAAAACUCCCCGUGAAAAAAAAGUUAUGAUUAAGCUCAGGUGUUUCCAUCGUGAGCGGUAUCGGAUGAAAUUAACAGAUGACUCUGUGGACAAGAUUGUGAUUGAGAAUCCCGCUCCGGGACAUCAUCCGGUGUUCCAGCAUCAAUCCUCGGUGUCGUCGUGUGCUUCAAUACAAACGGUGCUCGUGCAGAAUGGUCAGAGUGUCGAGAGGGCUGUUAGUUUGGCCCCACAGCCCCCGCAGGCUGUUCAGCUUCAACCCUCUGGGAGUCUCAGUUCGCUGACAAAUGGAACGUUCCAGCAGCCGCAGCAUCCGGUACCACCGGUCAGUGAGGAUCCACUGAGUGUGGCCGAUGUGGCGGAUCUUCUUCAUCCCCAGUACGCCAUCAUUACGGGCGGGAAGUCCAAGGAUGGUUGCCCACUGAUCACCUUUCCGGAUCACAAUAAUUUCCAAUCACUCGCCGAUCAUGAUUAUCAGAAGCUCAUUUUGUAUCUAACUUCAGUUCCAUCACUCCAAGAAGCUGACUUGGGCUUUCAUCUUGUCGUCGAUCGCCGCAAAGAUCGCUGGACGUCCGUUAAGUCUGUCCUCCUGAAGAUCUCUGUUUAUUUCCCUGGCGUUGUUCACGUUGUGUACGUAAUUAGACCAGCUGGAUUCUUCCAAAAGGCCAUCUCUGAGGUUAGUUCAAAGUUCUUCAAGGAUGAGUUCAGAUUUCGUUUGAUUGUCUGUUCAAGUCUUGAAGAGCUCCACGAUCACAUCUCAAAGACACAACUAACGGGUGAUUUAGGUGGGGAACUAACCUAUUCCCACCACGAGUGGAUUCAGCAGAGAAUUUGUUUGGAGAAAUUCUCAGGCCUAACCCAUCAAGUUUCAUGCAAUCUGGACUCCUUCAUCAGGUCAAUCCAUGACACAGAAUUUCCAAAUUCCGUCGAGGCAACACAGAAGCUUCUCGACGAGCAAGGUGCAGAGUAUGAGAAGCUGAAGGAUGACAUUUUGGCAGCUGCAAAGCACGGUGAAGGACUCCUUGAGGAUCUCAAGACAAGGGAUGAAGGUGGGAAGGAAUUUUCCGAAAGAACGGGUAUUAUAAGCUCCAUUGAACGUGCAGGGAGUUUUUAUCUAAAUGUCAACCGUCUUGAUGACAGUCGCGAUUACCGCAGACUCCUGGUGCAGCUCGAGGAGACUGAGAGGCGCUUUGAUGAAUUCUGGAAUGCCCAUCUAACACGUCUCAAGCAUUGCCUGGAGCUGAGGCGCUUCGAGCAGGAUUUCAGGGAGCUUCAGAUUAAUUUUGAUAGUCACUUGAAGACUGUUUCGGAGAUGACGGAGAUCGGGGAGACCGUUCAGCGAGCUGAUACGCUCAUCAAGGAGACAAAAUCCUUUCAGAAAUUGUGCCAAAGUGACAUUGAUCGUGCUGAGGAGGUGAUCGCAACGGGGCAGCAUCUGAUCAGUUCCCGCGGAGCUUGUCCGCGGGAAGUUGUUCAACCCAAAUGCGAUGAAUUGACGCGUGUUUGUGAAAUUGUCACAGAACGUCUUGCCCGUCGUGUUGAGAUCCUCGCCAAGAGUCGCGAUCUCAUGGAGCGCGUCGAAAAGGCGAAUAAAUGGUGUGCCAAAGGUGUUGAACUUCUCGCGUCGCAGCGUAUCGAAAAGUGUUCCGUAUCCGCCGAAAUUGCCGAGCAGAGUCUCCAAGAGAUUGUACAAUUCCUCGCAUCAGCAGCGGAAUUCAAGCUCUCAAGUCCGCGGGAAUUUAAGAAUGUUUUCCAGGAGAGUACAACACCCGAAACUAAGGCUCUCGUCACGCAGGUCCUGCAGAGGAUCGACGAUGUUUCCUUGAUGUGUGACAAACGUGUGGCGAGUCUCAAGAAGUUGGCCCUCAAACCACCACGUCCUGUGCAGACGGUCACCCCGGAGCCGGCUGUGCCACUCCAACCACCUGGAGGUGCUCCACAUCCCUUCCGUACCCGAAAGUCCCCAAAGAUCGAUGGACUUGAAUCACGGCCACGGUCCAUGGAGGGACCACCGGAUUCCGGCAUUUCCAUCAAUGGUGACACAGGAUCCAGCCCUGAUAGUGACAAUUCCUCCCAGCAGUCUCAAAAUCAAUCGGAUGUUGAGGCGCGACGUCUUAAGCGUGGUCACGUUUUGGCGGAAUUGUUGGAAACAGAACGGAUCUAUGUGGCUGAAAUGGGAUCAAUUCUAAAGGGCUACCGGGAUCAGAUGCUAUCCGAAGAGAUGGCUGCUCUUGUUCCACCUGGUCUUCAGGGCAAAGAAGAUGUCCUCUUUGGGAAUCUCCAUGAACUGUACACAUUUCACAGUGAGGUUUUCCUCAAGGACCUUGAGAAUUGCAUAUCAACUACGGAGCUUGUUGCACUAUGUUUUGUUCAAAGACGUGACACAUUCUACCGUUUGUAUUCGUACUAUUGCCAAAACAUUCCGCGUUCAGAGCAGCUCCGUGAGACCCUCGUGGACACCCACUUAUUCCUGCAGGAAUGUCAGAAGCGUCUGGGUCACAAACUCCCCCUGGCAGCGUACCUCCUGAAGCCGGUGCAGCGAAUCACAAAGUACCAACUUCUGCUGAAGGAUCUCCUUCGCUUCAGUGACAACGGGACAUGUGCGAAGGAGCUGCAGAAGGCACUGGACUGCAUGCUAAUUGUGCUCAAGUGUGUCAAUGAUUCGAUGCACCAAAUUGCCAUUACGGGCUUCCCGGCGGACCUGUCGCAGCAGGGUGAACUCCUCCUCCAGGAUUCCUUUCAAGUGUGGACAGAUAGCAAAAAGGAUCUGCGCUUGAGGCUGAAGACACAGCAGCGGCAUAUUUUCCUCUACCAAAAGGCCAUGCUGUUCUGCAAGCAGGCCUCAAAGACGGGACACAAUAAGAGCACGUACCAGUACAAGCACUACGUCAAGAUGUCUCAAAUCGGCUUGACGGAAUCUGUGCGGGGAGACCCGAGACGAUUUGAGGUGUGGCUCCAGGGAAGGCAGGAAGUGCACACAAUUCAAGCUUCAACGGUGGACAUUAAGAAUAAGUGGGUGGCGGAAAUAAAGAAAGUCCUCCUAAAUCAGUUGGAAGAGCUGAAAGGCGAAAAGAUUAAGCAGUAUGGCCUAAAUCACAAACAACUGCGUCACACAACAUCAUGGGAUACAUCAGUGUCAGCAAGUUCAACGCCUCAGCGAACGUUGAGCUGCGAUUCAGGUGAAGCCAAUAAGAUCUCCAACAUCUCGGAAGAUCUCCCCCUUCAGACGCCAGGUGUCAGUUCAUCUUCGUCUGAGCAGGAUAACCAAGAAGCCGGAGCCUGGAGCUCGGACUAUUCCAACAGCGAAGAUGAGUACACAAAUCUCGAAGAUGGCGUUCAAGCGGGUAGUAAAUUUAUCGCACUUGCUGAUUACUGUGCAAUGGGCCACUCUGAGGUGUCGAUGCGAGAAGGUGACACAGUUGAACUGUUGAAAGUCGGUUGUGCUGGAUGGUGGUUUGUUAAAGUUUUAGGGGCAAAUUUGGAAGGCUGGGCACCGGCCGCAUAUUUGGAAUCAGUUAAUCGGCGACCGUCGCGGAUCCGGAGUCAGGAUCGGCUGAAUGAGCAUUAAAAGAAAGCCAAAGCAAUCCAAAACCUCUUCUCACCACAAACAUCUUCAUAUCUUCACAUAAUAAAAGAAAAGAAUGAAACAAAAAGCUCAUCUUCAAGACUAAACUAGAGGCAUUUCUUCUCCACAAAACUCUCCUCGUUCCGCUGACUCAUUGACGGAGCUGCGAAAAUAUUAUUCUAAUAUGUUGGAGUUUCUCUGAUAAGAAAGAAAGAAAGAAAAAUCUUGAAUUCUAGUCCUUUUUUUAAAAUGUUUUUAAUUUUUAAGGAAUUCCACUUUUUUUUUGUAAAAUGCCUAUUUUUAUGACGAUUUUCUCCGUCUUGUUGGCUUAAGAUGAUGAUGUUGGCAUCCCGAUGGAUGGACCCUGCGCUGAAUUAUUAAUUUUUCUUUUAAGAAUUAAUAUAUAUUUAUCAUGAAUGUAAAUACAUUGAAAGAAAAAAAAAGAAGAUUAAGAUGAAAAAAUAAAUAAAAUUAAUAAUAUUGUUAAAGAAAAUGGAAAAAAAAGUUGUUGUAGUUAUUCGGUAAGAUUUAUUAAGUGCUUAAAAAUAUUUUUAAUAAUUUUUUGCGCGCACGUGAAGAGAACAGGAGUUUUGGGAGAAAAUUUCUUAUUGAAUAAUAAAUAAUCAAGAAAAUAUUAAAAAUUUUUCUUUCUUUUAUUACAAUUUGGACAAUUUGUUAUCAAAAACAAAGACUUCAGAAGACUUCAUUAAAGUCACAAAAAGUUUCUGGAAAAAGCUCCACGGACAAUUUUUCUGAUCAAAUGGAACGUUCUCCUGAUUAAAAGACUAAUUUUCGGACCAAAAAAUGAAAUUCACUAAAAUUUUCUCCCUCAAUUUCUCUUUUUUUCCGUGCUAUUAAAGCUCCCGAAAAUCCUCAAACCAUUUUAGAUGUUUAAGGCCUUAUAUGCAAUUUUUGUAGCGAAAAUAUAUACCUAAAUAGUAAAAGCUUCAUCGAGAAAACUUUUCGUACGCAUCAUGUGUUAGGAAUUAAACGGAAAUUUUUGCUAAAGAAAAAUCAUUAAAAUAGACUCAUUGGAAUCAUUACAAAGGAAUGAAAACAAAAUCAUUAUGAAUGAAGAAAGAAAAUAAUGCUAAAAAUAAACUAUUAAAAAUAGAUUAAAAAAAAAAGAGCAAAUUCAUAACAAACUAUUAACAUUUUCCUCCAUGUGAUUGCGAAAUUGUUAAAUCUUUUUCCUAUAAAACAUAAAAAUGAAAUCAUAAAAAAACAAAUAGCCAGAAAUCAUUGUUGAUCAACAGAACGUUUUAACAGAGAAACCUUCCCUAAACAUAUAUCAAUAUUUAAUAAACAAAGCAUCUCCUAAACUUUCUAUGCUGAUUUUUCUGCGAAAGAACAAAGAACAAAACUCAUAAAAUUCAACGCUAUUUGUAAGAAAAAUGCAUUGUGAGAGGUACAUAACAUUUGAAGAAAAAUAUAAAGCAUUGAAAUUCCACAUGA